AGCAACAGUUGCCCUGGUGAAGACGAGGCGCCAUAGACACGGUAGCCCUGGCGACAAGAACCCAGCAACGAGAAUCAACAACAACAACACCUGAAUCCGCCAUAAAAAAAUUAAAGAAGAUAUUUUGACCUGUGGGGAAUUCACACGUAAAACCGGAGGGUGAAUCCCAGUUCUUGUAAUGGCCACCUCCGGCUAUGUAAGUGAGAUCCAGCCAGCAGCUCCAACCCAGGGAGCUGCUGUUACCAUCACAGCGGGUCAACCUGACACCACCUCCACCCCCACUCCCCAGUUUUUGGCAGAGAUUCAAACAACCGUGGCCACUCCCACUAUUGUCACGCCUGCUGACCAAGCCGCUGCCGCAGAGCAAUCCACCGUUGUGACGACUCAAAAGGCGGCAAAUGGAAGUCAAAACCAAUCUGCGGCACCAGCCCCAACGGCUCAGACGCAGUAUGUGACUGCAGAGAUCCAGGGCUCUCCCACCCAGUCUGGAAAUGCUCAAAGCACUCCCCAGUUCAUUGUUGUUACAGUCACAGAGGGUUCCCUCAACUCAAGUGACAGUGUGUCGGAUUCCAGUCCCCCUCCUGCUGUGGUCCAGACGGGGGUUCCCACACAGGUCGUACAGCAGGUCCAAACUGCCCAGCAGAGGUCAGUUGUGCAGGCCACAUCCCAGAUUCCCAAAACUGAGCCAGGCACUCAGCUCAGUGUCACCAGCCUACAGCCUGUGCACAUCACUCAAGAACUUCUUCUUUGCAUCAAGACGGCACAAAUAGAGAGUUAUAGAAAAGAAGAAGAGCGGCAGCUUUUUCGAGUGACAGAAGAGCCAUACAGUUUAGGCAGGACCGAGUCCCCUUUCCUUUUUCAAGUCCAACAGCAGCUCGCAUCGGUGCCGGUGCAGCAUGUAUACGCCAAUCAAGUGCAGUAUGUCGAAGGAGGAGACGCCAACUACACAGCCAGCACAAUUCGUUCCAGCAACUUUCCUUACACUGAAACCCCACUGUACACGCAGACCACAGCUGCCCAGUAUUACGAAGGUCAGCCGACUUCAGGCUCGCAGGCCUCCACCCCUGGCACUUCUCUAACUGUCUCUGUAACAGCUGGCACCACCGGGGGGGUGUCCAUGUUUGUGGCACAGCCCACCAGUGCAGCAGCAGGAGGGGCCACUGUAGUGACAGCAGGGGGUCCCGCCAACGGAGCGGAGGAUGGAACCGGCACGAACGGUAGCGCAGCAGGCAGCUACGUCAUCCAAGGGGGUUACAUGCUGGGCAGCAGCAGUGGCGCCGGGGCAGCUGGCAACAGCCAGAGCUUCUCGCACACUGCCCGCGCCUCCCCAGCCACUGUACAGUGGUUGCUGGACAACUAUGAGACAGCUGAAGGAGUUAGUCUGCCGCGCUCCACCCUUUACUGCCACUACCUGCUGCACUGUCAGGAGCAGAAACUCGAGCCCGUUAAUGCUGCUUCUUUCGGAAAGCUUAUUCGAUCUGUGUUCAUGGGGCUGCGCACACGGCGCCUGGGAACUCGAGGUAAUUCUAAAUACCACUAUUAUGGACUGAGAAUUAAGGCGGGCUCCUCUCUACUCCGUUUGAUGGAAGAUCAACAACAUUUGGCCAUGAGACAACAACCCUUUUCACAGAAACAAAGGUUGAAGCCCGUGCAUAAAGUUGAAGGAAUGACCAAUGGCACAGCGGCAGGAGCAGGCCAGCAGCAGCAACAGCAGCAGGGCUCGGGCCAUGUUGACAUCAGCACACAGGUCCAGCAGUACCAACAAUUCUUAGAUGCAUCCAGAGCUCUUCCAGAGUUUCCAGAUAUUGAUCUCCAAGGCAAGUCGCUGCCAGAGGGAAUUGAACUGGAGCACAUAAAGAGCUUUCAGUUGCUGUACAGAGAACACUGUGAGGCCAUUCUGGAUGUCAUGAUCAACCUGCAGUUCACAUUGGUGGAGACUCUGUGGAAGACCUUCUGGAGGUUUAGCCAAAGUCAGGCUGGAGAUGCCACAAUUGCUGUCCAUGACGAGUCAGAGAAGCGUCUCCCCAAAUCCUGCCUGGUGUUGCUGUGCAAGUAUGAGCCGGUGCUACGAUGGAGCUGUGACUGUGACAACAGCCUUUAUCAGAGCCUGGUGGAGAUUCUCAUCCCCGAUGUCCUCCGACCCAUCCCCAGUGCCUUAACUCAAGCCAUCCGUAACUUUGCCAAGAGCCUGGAGAGCUGGCUGACAAACGCCAUGAUGAACAUCCCAGAGGAGAUGGUUCGCAUCAAGGUAACAUCCGCUAAUGCAUUUGCCCAGACUCUGCGUCGGUACACCAGUCUCAACCACCUUGCUCAGGCCGCCCGCGCUGUGCUGCAGAACACAGCUCAGAUCAACCAAAUGCUAUCUGAUCUGAACCGGGUCGACUUUGCAAACGUCCAGGAGCAGGCUUCAUGGGUUUGCCGGUGUGAAGACCGCGUUGUUCAGCGUCUGGAGCAGGACUUCAAGCUGACCCUCCAGCAGCAGAACUCCUUAGAGCAGUGGGCUGUGUGGCUUGACAGUGUGGUCUCCCAAGUCCUGAAACCCUACCAGCACAGCCCUGCCUUCCCCAAAGCUGCAAAACUAUUUCUCCUCAAGUGGUCUUUUUACAGUUCCAUGGUGAUCAGAGAUUUAACCUUGCGGAGCGCAGCCAGCUUCGGAUCCUUCCACCUGAUCCGUUUGCUGUACGAUGAGUACAUGUACUACCUUAUAGAGCACAGAGUGGCUCAAGCGAAGGGAGAAACCCCCAUUGCCGUCAUGGGAGAGUUUGCCAGUUUGGGUCGGGGUCUGAACCAGCUGGAUCCUGACAAAGAGGAGGAAGAGGACGAGGAAGAGGAGAGUGAGGAGGAGGGUCAGGAGCUGUCCCUUCCAUCUGACGGGGCUGGGCUGGGGGAGGAGUCACUGGAGCCACCCGCCAAACUGGCCAGAACUGAUCAGGGGGUCCUCUUCACGACGGGGUCAGCCGAAAACUAACCAGAGCUGAGCUGAAGAUCCCAUACAGAUGUACAAAGAAACACUAAUUUAUACGUUGGUUAUAUAC